AUCUCGGGUGAGUAACUUUCAAAUUUUAUUAGCAGAUCAAGUCAACAAUAUUACGUAUAAUGUAAUUAAACAGAUGCAUUGCCAUUUUCAUAGUGCAAGGAAAUUGGCAACACGAAAAAAUACAGGUACAUCCGUGCAAUUUGAAAGACAGAUUAUGUGAGCUUAGAUUGUCGCAUGCUUCAUUAAAGUGCAUUAAGGUACGUAACUACUCGAAGUCAUAAAUCAUCUUGGACGAUGACGGGCCACUUUAGUGAAUGUUUCUUCCUUCCGUUAGGUCAUUAAUCAAAUUAACAACGAAUUCAUCGCCGCCUGGAUGAUGUACGAUCAAAUGAAAAUAUUACUAAUGAUAGAUCAACAUGCCGUCCACGAGAGAAUACGUUACGAGAAUUUACUUCGCAGAUACAAAGCACAGAACGAGGGCGGACUACUCUCUGUAAACUUACGUAAUCCUUUAGCCGUGGAAUUUCCUACACAGAUGUGCAAUUUACUCUUAUGCCAUAAGAUGUUAUUAAGGAAAUACGGAAUCAGCUUAGGAUCGUUAAGGAAAAAUACAUUGUUAAUACGUGCAAUACCGCAAUGCUUGGUUACAAGAAAUGAUUACUGUAAAAGCGAGAAGAUAUUGCCGAGAAUUUAUAGCCUGUUAAAUGACAUAUUGGCGAACCGUAAUGCAGCCAAUCAUACGAGCAUAUUACCAUUAACUAUUCGCAAUGCCAUAGCGUCGGAGGCUUGUCAUGGUAAUCAUCAAUGGCAAACACACAAAUAUUAUUUUCUAAAAGUAUACACAUAGUUGCGUAAUGCGGAAAUCGUUCGCAGGCGCCAUCAAGUUCGGCGACAAACUAACUUUCGAGCAGUGCAAGUCCCUAAUGAAGUUACUAAGAUAUACAAAAUCUCCUAAUCGAUGUGCACACGGACGACCGACUGUGAUACCGGUGAUGGAGCUCUCGGAACUAGAGA